GGGCUUGCUGCAAAACACUGGUUUCCUGAGUAUUGUCUGUUCUUUCUUUCUUUUUUCCUCAUUUCGAUUUUUGUUUUUUUGUGUGCGUCCUUUUCAUUCAUACUGCCGUGAACAGCCUUCAGAAUGACAGCGUUGCAGUUCAAAGAUUACUUUUGGGGCCCGGAAUUUACUAGUAACACUGGAUAUGAGAUUCUUAUCCAGAGGCUGUGCGAUGGACGGCGAACAUGCAAAGACAUGGAAGAGCUUUUAAAAAUGAGGGCAAUGGCAGAGGAAAGGUACGGCAAGGAAUUGAUUACUAUUGCACGGAAGACAGGAGGACAAACUGAAAUUGGCACUUUAAAGGCAUCCUUUGACCAACUGAAAGCUCAAAUGGAGAACAUCGGAAAUUUGCACAUUCAGCUUUCUGGGAUGUUACGAGAAGAGGCAAAACGAAUGGAGCACUUCAGAGAGCGACAGAAGGAGCAGCGGAAAAAGUUUGAAGGCGUCAUGGAAAAAGUUCAGAAGAUUAAAGUUUCAUUAUAUAAGAAAACCAUGGAGUCUAAAAGGACAUAUGAGCAGAGGUGUAGAGAAGCUGAUGAAGCUGAUCUGACUGCUGAGAAGCUCAACAGUACAUCCACUGUCACUCCUAAACAAUCUGAAAAGACACAAAACAAAGCAAAACAGUGCAGGGAUGCAGCAACAGAUGCAGAAAAACAGUACAUAUCUAACGUAGAGCAGCUGGAUAAGAUUCGUCAGGAAUGGGAAACCACACACGAGUGCACAUGUGAGGUCUUCCAGCAGCAGGAAGAUGAUCGCAUUAACAUUUUGAGAAAUGCCAUUUGGGUGCACUGUAACCAUUUUUCCAUGCAAUGCGUCAAAGAUGAUGAGUGUUAUGAGGACGUGAGGACUACUUUAGAAAUGUGUGACAUCACGGAAGACAUAAACAGUUUCGUCAAGACCAAAAGCAUUGGCAGCACUCCUUCAGUGCCUAUUGUGUUUGAGAACUAUUAUGACAAAGAGCCACAGGCAGACAGCAAUGGCAUCAUCCGCUUUGGAGGAGGUGUGAUGAAGAGGUUUUCAAAUCUCUUGCAAGGCAACUGUGCUGUUGGCUCCAGGAAUAACAAUGAAUGUAUUGUGCCGUCAGCACCUCCAUCAGCUGACAACUCAGAUGGAGUUUAUGCCUCAAUUCCUGGAUUUCCACAAGAAACCUCGAACAUCACUGCUUCUGAGAACGGCAAAUACCAGGCUCUAUAUGACUAUGUGGCUCAGGGUCCAGAUGAGCUCUCCAUAGCUGUGGGUGAAGUGCUGCUGGUGGUGGAGCAGGGUGGAGACGGAUGGUGGACGGUGGAGAGAAAUGGUCAGACUGGACUGGUGCCGGGCUCAUACUUGGCAAUAAUAUGAAUCAACUCUCCAUGUCCUUAAACGCCCCUCUAAUAGCACAGCAAUUAAAGCCAUUCCUAUGAAGCUUUAUGUUUGCGUACAUCCAAGCCAUAAAAAACUAUCAAUAGAGUAGUGCGUUAUUUUGUAUAAUAAAAAUAUCAAUAUUGUUGAAAUAGAGAUUUAUAUUUAUUAGACAGAGUAUUUAUUGUGAAUAAAAAACAUCAACAACAAGAGAAUGUAUAAGACAAUAACAAGGCACUACGGAACUACCAUGAUUUCGUUCAUGUGAAAAUAGUAUAAACAGUGUACACUACCUGACAAAAGUCUUGUUGUCGAUCCCAGCUGUAAGAGCAACAAAUAAUAACUUGACUUCUAGUUGAUCAUUUGGAAAAGUAUCAGAAGGUAGAUAUUUCCCAUGAAUCAUCUGUUGAACUGCAUCCGAAUCAUCAUAAAUACUGCAGAAGACCUAUUGGAAUCCACAUGGACCCAAGAUUCUGACAGAAAUCAGUCAAGUUUGGUGAAGGAAAAAAAUCAUGGUUUGGGGUUAUAUUCAGUAUGGGGGCAGCCGGGAGAUCUGCAGAGUGGAUGGCAACAUCAACAGCCUGAGGUGUCAAAACAUUUGUGCUGCCCUUUACAUUACAAACCACAAGAGAAGGCAAAUUCUUCAGCAGGAUGGUGCUCCUUCGCAAACGUCAGCCUCCACAUCAAAGUUCCUGAAAGCAAAGAAGAUCAAGGUGCUCUAGGAUUGGCCAGCCCAGUCACCAGACAUGAACAUUAUUGAGCAUGUCUGAGAUAAGAUAGAAGAGACAUUGAAGAUGAAUCCAAAGAAUCUUAAUGAACUCUGGGAGUCCUGCAAGAAUGCUUUCUUUGCCAUUCCAGAUGACUUUAUUAAUAAGUUAUUUGAGUCAUUGCAGAGAUGUAUGGAUGCAGUCCUCCAAGCUCAUAAGAGUCAUACACAAUAUUAAUUCUUUUCCCACUGCACCAUGACUUUAUAUUCUAUACUGUACAUUAUUUCUGUUAAGUUACAAGACUUUUGUCUUAUCAAAGUCAGACCUUACUGUCCUAAAUAAAUAAUUUAAAAAUCAAGGCAUGAUCAUAUUUUAUUUUGGUAAAAUAAGCAUUAUCUAGAGGCCUUUGCCUUUCAUAAAAGCCACCUCUGAUUCCAAAUCAUAAACUAGAAGUCAAGUUAUUAUCUGUUGUUCCUAAAACUUGGAUAGGCGACAAGACUUUUGUCAGGUAGUGUAAUGUACAUAUCUUUACAGAAUGUCAUAUGUAGUAAGGUUUUUAAAGUUAAACAAUGGGAUAAACAUGAGGUCAGAUAUACAUUUUUUACAUAUUAACCACAAUAGUUAGUUGUUUAUAACUUCUUAACACAAUUUUAUUUUAUUUUUGUUGUCAAAUUCAAUCAGAUUGUUUUUUUAAAGUUUGAUUUUGCAACAAAGCAAUCCACAGUCAGACAUUUCAAAUCAAACUAUUGAUUUUUGAACAUUAUUUUUUUUGACUUGUGAAAUGUGGUGAACAAUAAAGCUGGAUAAAGGUAAAGCACAUUGCCUUUGUCUAAAUGUAACUUGGGUAGUGGUUUGUAUGUUGAGAAGGUCAAAGUUUAACUGACCGAGAGCACCGAAAGAAGAAACUAUCCCUUUGAAACUUUUAACAGACUGACCUUCUUUGUGUCCUUAAGUUUCAAGUUUCCAAAAGGCGAAGGAAUCAGUCCGCGGACAUUUAAAAGCAUUUCUCAGUGUCAUUUUUUGGAAAUGUGAAGGAUAUUUUAGGCACAUAAUGUACAUAUUUUAUAAUCUGUCAAUAUCUGCAAGAUA